GCCCGUGUCACUCACCAUUUGUUCACAUAACCAAUGUCUGAUUCCGCCGGCGCUCGGCAAGACGCCGAGAGGCUUGCAAGGUACUUUUCGGAUGACAAAAGAUUCGAUUUCCUAGGUCUAAUCGCCCACGGAAAUUAUGGUUCUGCGAGUCGCGUUCAGUACCGAGACACCACAACAAAAAUGUCGAUAGAUUUUAUCGUGAAAAGGGCGUUUUCGUCGCAGAUGGCGGAAGACGCGAUGAGGAGAGAAAGGGAUUAUCUUAGGAGAUUUCGCGGUGCUCUACAUAUCGUUCAGAUGAUAGAGGUUGAAAACAAUCCUCUAAACAGACAACCCUCGAUCGCCGGGCAAUGGAUUACAAUGGAAUGGUUGUCAUGUGGCUCAUUAUCGAACUUCAUCGCUAAAGCAAAGACGAAAGUAAACCGAUUGCCGAAUCGUUUACUGUGGAGAUUCUUCUUAUGUCUUGUAAGAGCUUGUAUAGCUAUGGCGAACCCCCCAAACCGCGAUGAUGGUAUAGUAGAAAGAGAAGUGGUAAGAGAUGUGCUUCCAAAAACGGCUGUAGCACAUGGAGACUUUCAUGCGGCGAAUGUCGUUCUCGGAGAGCCGCCUUCUGAUUCUGAACAUACGAUUACACCCAUUCUAAAGGUCAUCGACUUCGGUAAUGCGUCAGAAUGGUCCUGGAUCGAUGGUAUGGGCACGACUGCAAACAAUAAUCUCUGGGAAGUGGGAAAGUUCAUGAUAGGCUUGAUUACACUAAGCGAGCGCGAGUUUAUCCCGAGGUCAGGCAGGGGCAAGGUCAUGAUGCCCAACCAAGGGAAAGUAUUAACCACGGACGCCGUCGCAAUCCUCCCGCUUGACCCCCCCAAUGCGAAGUUCCCUCUCCUGGAUCCGGACUUGGGAAGGCUCGUCUGUUGGUGCCUAGCGACGGACAUAGAGGACGGUCCUAGCCUGUGGGAUAUAGACAAUCGAGUAGGGUUUUUUGCAGGUAGUAAGCGACCAAUGGAUUAUCCAAAUCGUCCAGAGGAGACUGAUGACCACAUAUCCCGACUCUGGCGACAAAUAGUAUAUAACGCGGAUACCUAGCCAGGCUUUAUUGAACGAAUCUUAAGGUUUGUGUAUGUCUUUUACUCCACGAUCGGGCGUUUGAUAUGAUAUACGGUUAAGGCCAGGCAGAAAAGAGGUCUCUGUUUCUCCACCAAGCUUUAUGUUUUUAUAACGCGUUAGCCGUAUAAUACGAGUCCUACCUUAGGUAGAUUUUGACAAUCUAAUAUAUUUAUGUCAAUUUCAGUUUUCAAACUGGAGCAUUGUCAUGUCAGCCACAUAUUUCCGGCUAUGGAUGAAGUGUUUGGGUGACUAUAAUCAACUACUCAGUUUAAGAAGCUUUAUUGCUUCUAAUUUUAAACCCAUGUUAGAAUGCAAGUCAAUCUCCCCUUGCCUCGUUCGGUAAAUGUGAAAUAGUCUUGGGGCAGCGAUUACAAUGAGAGAUAGGUAGGUAAUCAAAAAGACAUUAGAGUGUUAUGGGGAACUAACAAUCGCUUACCUACCUCUUAAGGUAGUUGGGAAUUACGAGAAGUUAGUUCUGGUGGAUAUGGGGAGAAACGAGGUUCAUGUACCCCAAGUAAUAUGUAUG